CCCCCUGCUACUACAACAAGCUAUAGCGAAAGCAAGUAAAUACCUACCAUGAACUCGCUCUCUAUUGCCUCCACGCCGAAAUCCCCGGAAAUUGGAGAAGCAGACUUCAUGACUGCCCUUCCCUCCCUGCGCAUCUGCACGUACUGCGCGAAGCCCCAGGACCAGUAUAUGAAAUUGAUGAGGUGCUCGCGGUGUGCAUCUGCGCUAUACUGCAACAGAGUGUGCCAAAAGGCUGCGUGGCCCGUUCACAAAUUAUCGUGCUCUUUACCCAAUGCUGCAGCUCUCGGCGCGGUCUUAGCGGAGGUCAGCGAGGUCCGGUCGUUCGGGUAUCGCAGCGCCGAAGAUUUCAAACAAGUCUUGAGGGACUUCAUCGACACACACUCCUGGGCAUUCCGAUCCUUCGCAAAGGCCGAGCUCUUGCUCAGGGGCGGUCCACAAUAUAUGAACACUCCUCCGGAGAUCAUGACGGUCGACCUCCGGUGCGUCUACGCCCCAGGAUCCCCGCUCGACCCCGCGCGUACGUUCAAGUUCGUAAGGCAUGGUUGGCAAACGAUCGAGGAGUGCACGAGAGAUCCCAUCGACGCGCUCAACUGGCAGGGAGCUCAAGCAUUACGCGAGGUCCGAGAGAGGGAGUGCAGGGACGAACCCCGAUUUAUCGGCAUGCUCCCUGUGCUCUAUACCGUAGAGUACCCCCACAUGCAACACCUAUUCUUCUUCGCCCAGUUCCACCCGUUGUCCGGCUCCACGUUCUUCCAGCCCGAACAGUUUAACGACAUAGGGCGCAACGCAUUGAUAGCGGACAUCAAGCUCCUUUGCACUAGUAGCAUCAACAACGGGCUCGCUUUACGAUGUGCUGAGGGACAGGGCUCCAUAGCCCCGCUUCCGGGACGCUUCGUGCGUUUGAACAAGGCGUGGACUUGGGAACCGCUCUUCACGGACUGGGAAGUGUAUUUGGCCGGUCCCCGGGGGAUCGAAGAGGUGGAAGCCAUGCUUGGCGAGGCCCUCCAAUACGAAACGUCAGCUGUGCUCAUCUUGGAGGUCGUCCGCGCCUUGUGAUGCCCGCGUCCGACCCGAUCCUUGCGACCAGUGCUCGUAAACGUGGUCUGGUUUUCCCUAUCUUCCUCUUCCUUGACAUCGGGUAAACGUCGCUACAAAAUUGGGAGGAGAGGACGAGUUCUCUUGACGCCCCAAGUGUACAACAUCUUCCUACGAUCUGCGAAGUCCUGCAUAUUUAUAUUCGGCCAUUCCUCGACGCGCACACAUCCGUCCUUCGAAAUAUGUGCCCCUCUAUCCCCGAUCGUUACACUCACUCCUCGAUCGCCUUGUCGCCAUCGCUAAAAACAAGUUCGGGCGCGCGGACAGUGCUGAAGAAGGCUCCGUUCGGAGUUGGGCAGUCUCCGUGGUAGGACCAGGUCGCUCGCAGUUACUGAACGGGCCUCGAGGAACACAAAUUGACCAAACAUUACGUGGUGGGAUAUGUAGCAUGCAUCGAUUUCUUGUAACAUAUUUUGC